AUGCGGAUUCUACGUCCUCAAUCGCAUGGGCAUGGAAGACUAUAUCCAACACAUCUACCCCGAAGACGAUAUCUCCGCACAUGGAUCAGACGAUCAUAUCCCGACUACGCCAGCGAACAGUCCUCAGCAGGAGCCGUAUCAGAAGUCGACAAACUAUUCGCAAAAUUCGUACUUACCGGUCCUCCUCCCACCGCACCAACCUCCACCAUGACAUUCCCAACAUCCACCUCAAGCAUGACCUUAGAAUCAUUAUUCGCCGCUCUGAGCGGGCCGGAAAUCGUCGGUCCAGCCCCUCCUCAUACGUCUUUAGCACCCUCAGCGUCAACGCCAGCUACGGGCAUCAAUUUGUUGGACCGCAUAUUCGCGUCUGCCGCUAACGUAUCCGCCCUUUCUCAUCAACAACAACAACAACAAGGGGCACCACGAAAGAUAUCCUCACCCACACAUCCACAUCCACCCAAGCCCAAGCCCAAGCCCAAGUCCUCAACCAAGACGUCAUCAGCACGUUAUUGGGCCUACCGCCCUCACGUACCCCCUCAGCCGCAUCGAGCAGCCAUCCCAGUUCUAGGGAGGGCGAUAAUGAGGGUGAGGAGGAGGGGGAGGGGUCGCCUGGCGGAUGUGGAUUUGGGGGUGGGCGUGCAUCACCCGCUGGGUAUUGAGGCUACGUCGUCUGUGGCUACUAUUAAGGGGUUGGAGUCGUCUUCUGGGCCCUCGAGUGUGCAUGCGAACGGGGGACAACACCAACACAAGGAAGAGGAAGAGCAACACGACUCGGGCGAGGAGGAGGACGAAGCGGAUAUUGUGGAGCUUGAUUUUGAGGAAACGAGUGUGUUGAGUGAUUUGGAUACGUUUAGGAGGGCUUUGAGGGAGCAGAAGAGGGGUUUGGGUUCGCGGAAGGAUGGGCAGAGCUCGCAUACGCAUAGGGGUGUUGUUGCGGCCUCGAGUCUUGGGGAAGCGCGAGAAAAGGGGAAGGGGAAGAAAAAGACGACGAGGAGGGAGAGGGAUAAGAAGGAGAGGGAGGAGAUUGAGAGGAGUUGGGCUGUUACUUCGCCGCCUGCUUCUCUCUCCCCACCUCUUUCGCCUUCUCUUGAGGAUACGACGCCGCAGAUGCCUGUGUAUGUGCCGCCUCAGAUAUCUGUGCAUACGCCUCCGCCUACGAGGUCUGUGUAUACGCCCCAAAUGCCAGUGCACACGCCUCCGCCUCCAAGGUCUGUGCAUACUCCCUCGAUGCCUGCGCAUACACCUUCACCGAGGAGGAUACCCUCGUCGGACAUGAUGACGCCCACUAUGUCUGGUAAGACUAAUGGGGCUGGGACCGGUAUCGGGAAGGGGAGGAAGGUUGCGCCAAGUUUGAAUGGGUCUGUGUCUGCAAAGGUUAAUGGGCAUGGGCAUGUUGGUGUGGAGGAAGAAAAUGCAAAUGGACAUGAACAUGCUUUGGUUCGGGGAAGUAUUGUGGCUGCUUUGAAUGCGCAGCCUGGACCGGGAAUUGGGAUGGAGAGGAAUGAGUUUGUGAGGGAGGUGUUGACGCUUAUUCAUACUGACAGGGCGUUUGUGGAUACGCUUUGGCAAGAGUAUUUGGCGCGGUUGCAGUGA